AUGGAGCUCUGUAGAGCCACUGCUUUCUCAUGGACCCACAGAGUCUCUACCUCUCUUCAUGUCUCUCUGCCCCUCUCUAAGUUUGAGACUAAGAGACUCAGUGUUUGGUGCGCUUCUGAUCGAACCCAGAAGGCAAAUGCAAUGACCGUAUCAAUAACUGGAGCCACGGGUUUUAUAGGUAGAAGAUUGGUGCAAAGGCUGCAUGCAGAUAAUCAUAGUGUGCAUGUCUUGACACGGUCUAAAUCCAAGGCUGAGUUAAUUUUUCCUGUCAAGGAAUUUCCAGGAAUUGUGAUUGCAGAGGAGCCAGAGUGGAAAGACAGUAUCCGAGGUUCAAAUGGCGUUGUAAAUUUAGCUGGAGUGCCCAUAAGUACAAGAUGGUCUCCUGAGAUAAAGAAAGAGAUCAAGGAUAGCAGGAUUAGAGUCACCUCGAAGGUCAUAGAUUUAAUAAAUGAUUUACCAGAUUCCGUUCGGCCUACAGUCUUGGUUAGCGCGACUGCCGUAGGUACUAGUGAGACACAAGUAUUUGAUGAACAAAGUCCGUCAGGAAAUGAUUACUUGGCUGAGGUUGCGUCAACAGCAGAGCCAAAAACCAAGGUGCAGAAGCCACCUGUUGAGGGAUGGGAUUGUGAUUUUAUAGGCUGCUUUGAUGAAGAUCUCGAGUUUGUGACUGUAACUUAUGUUUGCAGAGAAUGGGAAGCAACUGCCCUCAAAGUAAAUAAGGAUGUGAGGUUAGCACUUAUUCGCAUAGGUGUUGUGCUUGGCAAAGAUGGCGGUGCUUUAGGUAUGAAUAGUCCUGUCAACCCUUACUUCCCUUCUAAAAUGAUCCCUCUCUUCAUGGUGUUUGCUGGAGGACCCUUGGGCUCUGGAAAACAAUGGUUUUCCUGGAUUCAUCUGGAUGACAUAGUGAACCUGAUAUAUGAAGCUCUAUCCAAUACAUCUUAUAAAGGAGUUAUCAAUGGAACUGCACCCAACCCAGUUCGAUUUGCAGAAAUGUGUGAACAUUUGGGAAAUGUCUUGGGUAGGCCUUCAUGGCUGCCUGUACCAGAUUUCGCCCUGAAAGUGGUCCUUGGAGAAGGUGCUUCUGUGGUUCUGGAUGGGCAAAGGGUGCUUCCAGUUAAAGCCAAAGAAUUAGGCUUCACGUUCAAGUACUCUUCUGUUAAAGAUGCUUUAAGAUCCAUUAUUUCACAAUAA